GAACGUUUUUGCGGGUUUCUCUCGUUUUUUCUGGCAGAAAAAAGAGGCACGAACAGCAGUACAAAGGUGCCGUUCCGAGACGUGAAGGUUAUGAGCAGAAGAGGGAACGGAGGAACCCUGUGCUGACUCGGUUUCUCCUCUCUUCCACGCCCAGUGCUUGUGCGAGGCUGUAAAGUCCGGUUUCACCUUGAGGCCCUUUCCUCGUCUCACUCUGUCUUCGUUGUCUUUUUUAGCGUGCUUCGUCUCCCUGUGUUUCCGCAUUCUCGGCCUGUGUUGCUUCCUUUCCCCUUUCUGGCUUCUCCUUCCCUCUGUUCGCUGUCUCGUCAAUCCCCAGCCCCGUGUCUCCGGGGCCCUGUCGCUGGCUCUGUCGCUGUCUCUCGCCGUCUCCCAUUCGCUGUGUCUCCUUAGAUUUUUUCGCUCCUCGCCUCUUUCGGCGUUUGGUGUCCUCCUCUGUCGUCUUGUUUUCUGUCUUCCAUCUCCCUUCUCUGCUGUCCCUGUGGACUUCUCUUGGACGCUGCCUCUCUCAGUGUCUCUUUUCUAGCUUCAGCUCUUCGCGGCUGUCCCUCCUCUGUCUUCUUUUCCUUCUGUCUUCUUUGUUCGCUUGCCCUUUCGCCAUUCUUCCUUCGUUUCGUCCUGUCUCUGCGUCUCCUGCCCCAUCCGUCUCCCUUUCUCUCCCUCCUGUCUCCCUUGCGCUCUGUUCUGCUGUCUCUUCUCUGUUUUGAUCUCCGCUGGGUCGGUUGCCUCUUCUCUUUCCUGAGGCUCCUCAGGGACGCAGAGGAGAAUGAAGGAGAGAUAUUCUUGGAGAAUCUUCGCGGCUGUGUCUCUCUGUCUCCUUCUGCUUCUCUCCCCGUCGAAGCCGGGAGAGGCUUUAAGGCGCAGAGAAAGCGAGAAGCCGCGAGAAGACCGACCCCGAGAAGAUGCGGGACGAUUCUCGCCGCAAGAAGCUGGAGAGGCGCUCGAGAGGCUCCUGCCGACCCUCCAGGCGCGUGAGCACGAAGCCUUCCUCAACGUCACUCCUGAACGCAUGCAGAGGCUCCAAGCGGCUGUCGAGAUGAAAUACGGAGAAAAUGGCAAACUUGUGGAUUUCCCGAAAGCCACAGAGCUCUUGCGACAACUGGCCUCAGAAGGACGCCCCGACGCGGCAACUGCACAGGCUCUUUACGAGUUGGGAGAUAUGCAAGUUCGCGGAUAUCCGGGAGUCCUUGGGCGCACCGUGCGUGAUCUGAACAGUGCUGUCCGCGACUUCCGAGCUGCGGCCCUUCUCGGCUACGGACCUGCGCUGCAUGCGCUCGGUGUGGCUUACGCUGUCGGCCUCGGUUCUCUGGAGCCCAACGAGGCGGAAGCCACCCGCCUUCACUACCUCGCGUCGCUUACGGACUACAUCCCCGCAGUUCUCGCCACGGGAUUCCGGUUCCUGCACGGAGACGGCGUCGUUGCAGACUGCGAAGCCGCGCUUCGCUACUACAAGUUUGCAGCGGAGAGAGCUGUCCAGUUUUUGGCGCCUUCGCCAGCCGAAGGCGAAGUAGACACCAGCGGGCCUCCGCCUCCACUGGGCGAGGGCGACCGCCUAACCGAACAGACGACGGCGCAGUGGCGCGAACUGCAAACAGUGCAGACCCAACAAAAAGAAAUUCUGCAAUAUUGGGAGCAGCACGCGAAGGACGGGAACCCAAUGGCGCAGUACGAGUUGGCGAAGCUUCGAGAGCAGCAGCCGGCACCCGCGCGUCACCCCGCUGGCUCGUCUCCUGACGAAGAAAAAGUCGAAGCAGAGAGACUGCGCCAAGUUGCAGACCUUUACAAGGCGAGUGCGGAGCAGGGUCUGGCGCCUGCGCUGAGAGACCUUGGUCUUCUCUAUCUCCAAGGUCAAGGCGUCGAGCGGAAUUUCCAGAAGGCUGUCGAGUGCUUCAAGCGGGCCGCAGACCUGGGAGACCCGGAGUCGCAGAACUAUUUGGGGUAUUUGUACUACUUUGGAGCAGCCGCUCCGUCGUCGUCUUCAGAGCAGUCGUCCUCUGAGGGGGGCAUCGCGUCUGAUUCGCGGCAGAUGCAUCGUGACCAGCGUUCUCCUUACACUUCGUCUUCUGGGUCUCCCCCUGGGAGGCCUCCAGAAUAUCCGGUUGAUGGGGCCUUCGACUCUGCCGUGUCGUCCUCGCCGGAGUCCUCCCCAACUUCUGCGGAGGACACCUUUGUCAUCCCGAGAAAUGAAACCUUGGCCCUUCACUACUUCACACAGGCGGCUCUAAAGGAAUACCCUGAGGCCUUAUUUUUUCUGGGGGAAAUCGAGGUUCAGGCCUACACAGCGGCAACCACUCCGGGAGGGACUGAGGGCGAGACAGAGCGCCGACGCGAGAGAGCCUCCUCUUACGGUCUGCAUAAAACGAACGCCGGCGAGCAAAGGCAAGACGGUUUGAACGCGGGACGCGGCAGACGCGUAGGACACGCGCAAGAUGACGAGGCCCGCCUCCUGAAGGCUCUGCGCCUUUAUCAACGCGCUGCAGACGGAGGCUACAUUCUGGCAGCGUGGAGAGAAGCUCAAUUACUAGAAGCAGGGAAAGGAACUGCGAGAAGCUGCGAGGACGCUGCAUUGGCGUACAAACUCGUAGCUGAAGCGGGACCCUGGGUGGACGACGUUCGAAAAGGAAUCUCUCAGUACGUGGCGGGCGACCUGGAAGGAGCGUUGUUGACGUAUGCGUUUGCCGCUGAAGAAGGCUACGAAGUGGCGCAGGCGAAUGCAGCGUUUCUGUACAGUCGCUUUCGGCCUUCAUGGGAGUCGCGUCCGUCCACGGCGGCGAAGAGCUCCCCAAAACCGAGUUCUCAGAGACGGUCGCGCGACAGCGGAGGCGACGAGACAGACCCGGCGGGUCGUACAAAGAAACGCUGGCUCUGGAGCGCCUUUGGAGAUCUAUGGGGAGGUGAAGAACGCAAAGAAGCGGAAUCGAAGGCACUGCGCGAAGUGGACAGAAAGACGCUGGAGGCCAGGACGAAGCAAGGACUUAUCCAGAAUCCCCUCCAGAUGGAGGAGCUCUGCACAGAUGAAGCUUGCGAGCGAGAGCUGGAGGGUGAAGGCUUCACAAAAGCAGUCCUCAGCGACGAAGAAGACCGCGAGUGGGGUUCAAGGCGUCAGAUAAAUAGAGAACACGGAGGGCAGAAGCAGGCCCGUGGCGGGCGACGGACCCAAGGAGGACGCGCGGGAGAAGAAGAGCGAGAACAAAAGUCCGCGUUCGUGAAGUCGGGAGAGGAACGGAGAGAGCAGCGUUGGACGGGAGAAACAGGAGACUCAGAAGGCAUGUCUGAAGAAGACGCGGCGCCGCCUUUGCUGCCACAAAUCUACCGCAUGUGGAAUCGAGCCGCUCUGCAAGGCAACCCUGCAGCUUUACGCGAAGUCGCGAAGAUUCACGUUAACGGCAGCUCCGACGGAGUUAUUAUCGCCAGCCCCGAGCUCUCAGUUGAAGUGUUAAAAAUAUCCCUCGCCCACGGGGAUGUGAAGUCCCUCCCUGUCCUGGCGUCUCUGUAUGAAGCGGGGACGUCGUUAACACCUCCGAUGUAUGGUCGCGCCAUCGACCUCCUCAAGUUCUAUGCUGAAACCGAGCAAGCGCAGGCAGCCGCAGGGCCACAGCAGGCACUACGGUCGCGGGUAGGGACACCCGGGCAAGGCUGGCGGGAGGCUCUUCAGCGUCGUUUCAAGCGCUGGGGUCUCGCAGCUCGUAUUGGUCGCCUCAAAGUAAAGGAGAAAAUCCAGAAACGGCGUGGAGAAAUCAACCAGAAAGUGCCUGGGGAAAACGCGUUCAGCCGGGGAUGGUGGGGACAAAAGCCUAGAAACUGAGAGGCCCGGCACACAGUGCGCAAGCAGAGACCAAGUCGCAUAGAGUUCCACUUCAUUCUAGGCAGUAAACGGUUCAGCUCGUAACUGUUAGAUCCGGAGGAGACAAGGAUGGGGAACAGAUCUGCGGGAAAGUGGUGCGAAAUUCAACUAGGAAUUACGAAGAUGUCUGCAAGCGUUCAAAGUGGAGACAAGCUGGCAGCACACGACACAGACAAGCGAGCCCGUACAUUUUCAAGUGAAUCGCUGGUCGUGUUCUCGCGGCUGGAAGAGGCAUAGGAAGUGAGAGACGGGUUAGGGCGGGAGGAGGCGAAACCAGCCACAAGAAGCACUUUUUAACCACCGGGGAAGGGGAAAAGAAACGGUAUUCGUGGCGUAUAUAUGCCCAAAGAACGCGAAGAGUCAAGGAUUUGUUUUCAUUGAGAAUGCUAUGGAGGUAAAAGGUGAAUCACGGGUGUCUCUCACGUCGUUCAACACAGGCAGCGGAAAGUGACAGGGGGAAAGAGUCAAGUACAUGCUUGUCGCAAAGCGUGUUUGUCUGGGUCAAUGCCAUCUCUAAACAUGUCUUUGUCUCUCUGUGAGCUCUUUUUCCAUGAAUCUCCUGCUUUUCAUGUGAUCGGCUCGAGCGGGUGACCGGGACGGAAAAUGCAGAUGGACGUGAGAAUUUCUUCAACGUGCCUCUGCAGAAAAUUGCUGUUUUGCAGGGAAGGCCACCGUGCUUUCCCAGGUCUUAGCUGAAGUGAAUGCAAGUGUGAAGCAAGGAUUCAGGAGCCGAAGAAGCCACGCCGGGUUUCUAUGUUGAAGCCGGCCGUCGCUGGUGUACCCGGCUACUGCGGUAUGUGUCUCCCACACCAAGCCUGCUGAUCUGUCCCCAUUCUGUCGAUUCAUGCCACUUCUGUAAAAUAUGCUGUCUCUGUGCGUGGUUCCGUGGCGUCGCGUACAUUGGCUCAGUUACUUUUGUUCCUCCAAAGGUGGUGGCGAGCGGGGAGCUUGUGACAAUCGAGAUUUUCCUUCCCUCCAAAUUCCCGUUUUGUCUCUACCA